AUGGAUGAUUCGGAGCUCGAGCAAAUUCGGAAAGCCCGCUUGGAGCAGCUCAAGGCCCAGUCUGGCGCCGGCGGUGGCGGCCCGUCCUCUCUGUCCCGCGGCCAAGACCAAGACGGCCAAAAACAACAGCAAGAUGAGGCCCGUCAACACAUCUUGAACCAGAUUCUUCACCCCGAAGCGGCCGACCGUCUCGGCAGAAUCCGACUCGUCAAGGAGCAGCGCGCCGCGGAUGUCGAGAACCGACUCAUCGCGCUGGCGCAGACGGGCCAGCUAAGGCAGAAGGUUACGGAAACCCAGCUGAAGGAGCUGUUGAGCGCCGUGGCCGACAACAAGGAGCAAGAGAAGAUUGUGGUCAGUCGACGGAAGGGGUGGGAUGACGACGACGACGACGAGCUGCUGGGUUUGUGA